GAUAAUAAUUUUUUUUUUCGUAAGAAGCGAAAAUAAUGAGAGUAACACGGUAGAUUUGACCUGUAGGAUUACAUACAUCAAUAUUUCCUUUGAUUCAUUCGCCACAACAACACUGCCUUUCAUUGAUUAUGUCGGAAAACAUUUCCAAAGUCGCUCAUCUUUCUCCGAUCCCACCCUCGUUUUAAACACAACAGCAAAGCAACAAUGACUGAUUCGCCGACCCUUUUAUGUAUAUAUAUAAAAUUGUUGCUUCAUCUCUCAUUCAUAUUAUCAUCCACCACCCCAAGUGAAUGUGUCUCAAGGCAAGAAUCGAAUGCUUAGCCUCCAGAACAAUCAAACCCCAUCUUCCCCCCUGGAUAAUAAUAAUAAUAAUUAAUUAACGCACAGAAUGGUUCUUUGCUUCACUUGAGAACCGUACCCUCCGCUUUUGUCCUCCUCAAGCUGCAUAUAUAUUUACCACACCAAGAUCCAUAUAUAGAGGGGGGGAGAGAGAGAGAUAAAUAGGCAUUGGCUAAGAAGAGCGGGUGAGUCUGUGUGUGUAGUUAAUUUCUUGAAAGAAGAAGAAGAAGAAGAAGAAGAAGAUGGGGUUGGAUUGGGGGCCGGUGGUGAUGUCGGUGGUGCUGUUCAUAGUGCUGACGCCGGGAGUGCUGUUUCAGUUGCCUGGAAAGACGAGAGUUGUUGAGUUUGGCGGCUUUCAGACAAGCGGCGCCGCCAUCUUCAUCCACACCCUCAUCUUCUUCGCCCUCAUCACUAUCUUCCUCAUCGCCCUUCAUCUUCAUAUCUAUGCCGGCUAACUACUUCACGUUUCGCAUUUCUUUCUUGUUUUGAUAUUUUCGGAUAUUAUUGAUUAAAUGCCUCCCCUUCUUCGCUUU